AUGGCGGCGGCGGGCGGCGCGGCGGGGCUGGCGGCGCUGCUGGGCAGCGCCUCCCCGCACCUCCUCAUCGUCUCCGCCGCUGCCGCCGCCGAGGAGCCCGCGGGCGGCGGCGGCCACUCCGAGACCGACCUCCUGCUCUUCGCCACGCCGCAGCCCGCCCGCCCCGGCGCCGCGCCCAGACGGCCCCCGCUGGGCCGCCCGCCGGUGAAGAGGAAGCUGAACUUGGAGACAGAUCACCAGUACAUAGCAGAGAGCCUGCCGGUGGUCCGGGGCAAGGCCAGGAACCCGGCUAAAGGGGCAAAGUCUCCUGGAGAGAAGUCCCGCUAUGAAACCUCCCUGAACCUCACCACCAAGCGCUUCCUGGAGCUCCUGAGCCAGUCACCUGAUGGCGUGGUGGAUCUCAACUGGGCGGCCGAGGUCCUGAAGGUGCAGAAGAGGCGCAUCUAUGACAUCACCAAUGUCCUGGAGGGCAUUCAGCUCAUCACCAAGAAAUCCAAGAACCACAUCCAGUGGCUGGGCAGCCAGGCCACCGUGGGAGCGCCCGGCCGGCACCGGCUGCUGGAGAAGGAGCUGCGGGAGCUGCAGGCGGCCGAGAGGCAGCUGGAUGAGCUCAUCCAGAUGUGCACGGUGCAGCUGCGCCUGCUCACCGAGGACCCCGCCAACCAGCACGCAGCCUAUGUGACCUGCCAGGAUCUCCGCAGCAUCGUGGACCCCUCGGAGCAGAUGGUGAUGGUUAUCAAAGCACCCCCAGAGACCCAGCUGCAGGUCUCAGACCCGGCAGAGGCUUUCCAGGUCUCCAUGCGAAGCACUCAGGGCCCCAUCGACGUCUUCCUCUGCCCCGAGGACAGCUCAGGGGUCUGCAGCCCUGUCAAGAGCCCCUUCAAAGCCUCCACAGAGGACUCAUCUCCCAGGUGUUCACAGUCCAGAGCCUCCCCACUCCUGCAUCCCACCCAGGAUAUGAACAUGCCACUGCUUCCCGGAGAGCAAGAAGCGCUGCUGCCAGGGACAAGCUCACUGCCCAGCAAGGUGGAGGAGGUGAGCCUGUCACCUCUGGCUUCCAUGGACAUUCUCCUGGAGCAGAGCAGGGAGGACUUGGCGGGUUUCUUGGCGGAUGAGUUCAUCAACCUGUCGCCGCCGCAGGCGCAGGACUAUCACUUCGGGCUGGAGGAGGGCGAGGGCAUCAGCGAGCUCUUUGACUGCAACUUUGGGGACUUCACCCCCUUGGACUUCUGAAGCUCUGCCCAGGUGCUCGGGGGAGCUGCCAGGCGAGGGGGGCAGCCCUGGCAGGGCGGGCAGGGCAGGCGGCCCCUCUGGCUGCAGCACCCGCUGCUCCUCUCCCAUCCCCUUUUUGCAAUAUUUUCUUCUCCCUCCAGACCCCCCAGCCAGGCGGGGGGCCAGUGGCAUCCCCAGCUCCAGCCCCACAAGGGGGAUGCCAGGAUGGGGUUCCCAUCUCAGGGGACCCCUCCCACAGGGCCCUGGCCACAGGGGAACUGCCCAGGGCAGCCCCCCAGGAGCCCAUUCCAGAGCUUUAAGCAGUCCUGUGUAUAGAUUUGAUUAAUUUAUUAUUGUCCCCUGGGGACAGCGUUUCAUUUCCAUGGGGGUUUGGGGGGGGCUGUACAGCAGAGUGAGGGUGCUGAGAGGGUUUGUUUUGCUGGAAGGGGGUGGUGGAGAUGUGGGGGGUGCUGGGUCAGGGCUGUCCCCCCUGUGUGGGGAGCUGCCCAUAGCCUGGCUGAGCAUGGGGUAUUUAUUUAUUAUUUAUGGCGUGUGGGAGCUCUCCCAGGACAUGGAGGGGGCAGGAAGGAGCAGGAGGCCACCGGGGCCUUGCCAGCACAUCCUGGCUUUUCUCAUGUCCAAAAUGAGACUGGCAAGGCCACGGCUGUGGCAGUGGCUGCAGGAGGGGGGACGGGGCUGGAUGGGGCUGGUGGCCCUGGGACCAUGGGCUUGUCCCCUUAGGGGACACAGAGGUGUCCCAGGGAGUGCAUCUCUGCAGGUAAGGACCCAACGCUGUCUCCAGGCUUUUCUUCCUCUCCCUGUGCAGCCUUUCAGCCUUUCAGCUCUGUCUCCCCAUCCCCAGGCCACUGGGAGGGGAGGGGAGGAGAGGGGGGUCCUGGGGUCCCCCCGGGCCAGGCUGGAGACGCACUUUCACUUUUACUGCCAUUUAAUAAGCUUGUGUUCCUCUGAGCUUCGUGUUUAAUAAAGGUUUCUACUGACUCUG